AUAUUAACCAACUAUUAAGCCAAAUUUUACAAAUUUUUUAUAAUUUUAUAAUAAUUUAUUAAUUAAAACCGUAUUUAUAAUUGAAAUGAGGAACCAAAAUUCCACCACAAUACUUCUCUUGACCCUAAACGAAUACUCGAACAAUCAUGACCACACUUACAGGAUUACAACGAAACAGAAUGGAAAUUCUUGAGGUGACCGAAGUUGCCCCAAUCUCUAACUCACCAGAAUCAAAGACUAAAUUCCGUCUUCCACUCACUUUCUCCGACAUAUUCUGGUUCAAGCUUCCUCCUGUUGAGCGCCUCUUCUUUUACCAACUCGACGACUUAACCCCUGCCUGUUUCAACUCAGUUAUCCUCCCAAAACUCAAGCGCUCUCUUUCUCUCACACUCGUCCAUUACCUCCCCCUCGCUGGCAAUCUCAAGUGGCCACCAAUCGAACCUAAACCCAUCAUUUUAUACACUCCAAACGAUGGAGUUUCCCUCACAGUUGCCCACUCCGAUGCCGACUUUAACAUCCUCUCCAGCGACGGGGUCUAUGAUGCUGCUGAGUUGCAUCCUCUCAAACCUGACCUCGUAACUUCAGAUGUUUCGGCAUCAGCUAUAGCUGUGCAAGUAACCCUGUUCCCAAAUAAGGGGUUCUGCAUAGGAAUCACAGCUCACCAUGCAGUUCUUGAUGGCCAAACCACAACCAUGUUCAUCAAAUCUUGGGCUCAUAUAUGCAAGCAAGGCAACGACGAGAACUCACCCUUGCCACCUGAGCUAACACCAUUUUUCGACAGGUCUGUUAUCAAAGGUCCUGAUGGACUUGACAUGUUAUAUUUGAACCAGUGGCUAGCUAGUAGCGGGUUAGAUUCAGAUACAAGUAAGAAAAGCCUGAAAAUCACAAGUGCAGGAGGAGGAGCAGCAUCAGAUCUAGUUCGAGCAACGUUUGAGAUUACUCGUGAAGAUUUCAAAAAGUUAAGGGAAAGGGUGUUACCUAAACUACCAGAUAGUGGGAAAGAAAUGCAUCUAUCAACUUUUGUGCUUUCGUUUGCUUAUGUAACAACUUGCAUGGUGAAAGCUAGAGGAGGAGAUGGAGAUAGAAAAGUUGCUUUCGCAUUCACAGCUGAUUGCAGGCCACGAUUAAACCCUCCUGUCUCACAAAACUAUUUCGGAAACUGUAAUAGACCUAAAUUUGAAGUGGCGAAAGCAAGGGAUUUCCUUGAUGAAAACGGGUUUGUGUUUGCUGUUCAGAAAGCAAGUGGAAUGGUUAAAGAUUUAAUGGAGAGAUGGGUUCUUGAAGGAAUGGAAAAGAUUCUAUCAUAUAGUUUAGAUGUUCUUAAAGAAUCAUCUGAGUCAAACCUUCAAAUUAUAACUGUUGCAGGAUCGCCUCGAUUUGGUGUUUAUGGAACAGAUUUUGGAUGGGGCAAACCCCAUAAGGUGGUAAUUGUUUCCAUUGAGAAGAAUGGAGCUAUUUCCAUGGCAGAAAGUAGAGAUGGGAGCGGGGGGGUUGAAAUUGGUUUGGCUUUGCAUAAGCACGAGAUGAACAAUUUUUCUUGGUUGUUUCCUAGAUGCGUUUAACGGGAGGGUUUAUUUUAAUUUAUUUUGUUGUUUUGUAAUGAUAUUUAAUUUUUCAUUUAAGCAGAGGUCGAUUGCUCCACUUUAUGGUAUUUAAGCACAAAAGAAAACAUGUGGAGGUGGUCGAUUGCCUACCCCACUUUUAUC